AUGCCUAAAGGCAGAUUAGAAUAUUUAAAAAGACUGAUGCCUUACCUUAAGAAUCAAAGUGAAGAUUGUCUUUAUUUAAAUAUAUUUGCUCCUUUGCAAAUGGAUGAAUCUAAGUUGACGCUGCCUGUAUUAGUGUAUAUACACGGUGAAAGCUACUCAUGGAGUUCGGGUAAUCCGUAUGAUGGCGCAGUCUUGGCUAGCUACACCGAUUUGAUUGUAGUCACAUUAAACUUCAGACUUGGUGUUUUAGGAUUUCUAAACGCCAACCCGGCUCCGCAUCUCAAAGCUCGGGUGGCAAAUUACGGACUGAUGGAUCAGAUAGCGGCACUGCAUUGGGUCCAACAAAACAUCGCACUUUUUGGAGGCGAUCCAACAAAUAUAACACUAAUGGGUCACGGGUCCGGUGCGGCCUGUAUAAAUUUUCUAAUGAUAUCUCCUACAGUUAUGCCAGGUCUAUUCCAUAGAGCUAUUCUUUUAUCAGGAUCAGCUUUGAGUUCUUGGGCUAUUGUGGACGACCCAGUAUAUUACUCGUUAAAACUAGCUAAGCAUAUGAAUUGUACGAUACCUGAAGACAUGACUAAAGACCAUGAAGUUAUAGUGGAUUGCUUGAGAGAAGUAUCAAUAGAGGAACUAUUAUCAAUAGACAUAUCACCACCUAACUUUCUUACUGAUUUUGGGCCGUCAAUAGAUGGAGUAGUUAUAAAAACAGAUUUUGGAAAAGACUUCUUAACGCUGUAUUCGACUGGUGAUUUUCCUAGUUUUGGACCACUGAAUAUUAUGAAUCAAAACUUUCAUACAAAGAGAAGCGAUAGUGGCAGAAGGUUAUUUCAGAACAAAUACGAUUUGAUGUUUGGGGUCGUUACAUGUGAAGCGUUGUGGAAAUUUUCAGCGCACGAUAUUCAAAAUGGAAUCGAACCGGAUAAAAGAGAUCGGAUGUUACGAACUUACGUGCGGAACUCUUACACGUACCAUUUAAGUGAAAUUUUCUAUACGAUCGUAAACGAAUACACCGACUGGGAAAGAACGAGAACGGGUGCGGUGCAUGGCGAGGAACUUCCGUAUAUUUUCGGAGCGCCAUUAGUCGAUGGUUUCGGACACUUCCCCCAGAACUACACUAAGUCCGAAGUUGCUUUGUCUGAGUCUAUACUGUUUUAUAUCGCAAACUUUGUCAAAACAGGGUAA